ACAUGUCGUGUCUUUCAGCUUUGAUCUGACACAGAGAGGGCUAAUGGUGUACUUCCUGUCCGCGGAGGGCGUAAAGCCCUCGUUCCACUCCGCUGUCCUCUUUAACCCCGCCAUCAACGGUUCCUCCACGCCGACACCCGUCAUCUGCCGUCUGGACGCUUCCUCGUCUGCUGCCUCACUGCAAAGCAACGUCUCGCUGACGUCAUACGACCUGUCGCCGGCGGAGGUCACGCUCCUCGGCCUCGUGUUUGGGGUGUUCUGGGUCAUAUCGGUGCUGGGAAACUCGCUGGUGUGUCUGGUGAUCCAUCGGAGCCGCAGAACCCAGUCGACCACCAACUACUUUGUGGUGUCGAUGGCGUGCGCGGAUCUGCUGUUGAGCCUAGCCUGCGCGCCGCUAGUUCUCCUGCAGGUUUCCGCGGGUCACUGGCCUCUGACCGCGGCUGCGUGCAAAGCCGUGCGCUACCUGCAGCAUCUGUGCCCCGGAGUCCAGGUCUACGUGCUUCUGUCCAUCUGCGUGGACCGUUUUUACACCAUUGUGUAUCCGUUGAGCUUUAAAGUGUCGCGCGAGAAGGCCAAACGAAUGAUUCUGGCAUCUUGGCUCUUCGACGCCGCGUUCGUAUCGCCGUGUUUGUUCUUCUACGGAUCGUCGGCGUCGCAAAACCACUGCGACUUCUUCCUGGUGGACAGCUGGGAUACUGUUUUAUUUGACGGUAACAUGGCGGAGGAGGCAUUCUGUGCUGCGUUUUUAAAAAAAAAUCAUUCCUGA